UCCCCGGGCUCAACGAAGGCUAACUGUUUGUCGAGCGGGCCGGGCGUAAGACGGCACAGUCCCGUGUCGAGACGUCGCAGGCGCACCACGCAACCUGCAGCCGCAGCACUAGUAUCAUUCCAGUCGUCGGUUGCGCGGGAAAGCUUUAAACUUUAAACGAUUGUAUGCGUUAUUUCUCAGUCGCAUCAAAUCAAAACUGUGCCAGUGAUUUAUAAUUUAAUUUAAAUCUAGUGAUUUUUUCGUAUUAGUAAUAAAUAUCUUAGUUAGUUGAAGUUGUUUUUUGUGGUAGCAUUAGGAAGGUAAUCGGGGCAGAGAGCAUUAACGGUUGGCUCCGCGCUCGAGUGUGGCAGACCGCAAGCAUGACGAGCGCCAGCAACUGCGCUCUGGUGCUGCUCCUCCUGGUUCCGGCUGUGCUCUCUCAAGACUACGAUGUAACAGACAUACAGUGCACGUUUGCCAGCGGCGGUUCAGGUAUCCGAGACUCCGUGUCAGCCCUCCUGAGAAAGCCGGAAGGCUUCCGCGGCGCCCCUCUAUUCGCCGACGAUCGGACCACUGAUCCUAUUGCAGAUCCCAUCUGUCAAAUACGUCCCGAGUCUGAAGAUCCAACGGGAUUGCUAUACAGAUUGAGGAUCAACGAUUUCACAAAAUGUGGAGUUUUAAAAAGAAAUGGCUUCGUGCACGUCCGCAUAUGGUUCCCGCAGUUUCCGGGCGUGGUGAUGCAGUCCGAUCAGGAGCUAAUUAUCAUGUGCAAGCCUCCAGAACCCACCAUCAUCGAAAACAAGGCCGCAGGUUUUGCCGGUAGCUUUCCGCAUGGUGCUCGAGUCUCAGGAGUGGUCGAGGAAACACCAGGCCGUCUCGAGUACGAAGUAGCUUUGUACAAAGAAGCGCCACCAUUAUCUCGACAUUCUAACCACUCCGUAGACAUGCCUGUCGACCAGGUAAAUACUGCUGUUCCAAUUGGAACAAAACUUCAACUUCGGGCGCGUAUAAACCCUGACUCUGCUUGGCGACAUAUAAAACUGUUGGAAGUAGCCGUCUCUCCUGACCCAGAUCGUCCUCAUGCGCCAGGUGCUGUGCUCCUGGUCAAAGACGGAUGCCGAAACAGAGACUUUGCCUCUAUUAUCCCACACCAACCAGCACGUUACCGGGAGCGUCACAACGAAGUGUUCCUGGACUUUGAAGCUUUCCUUCUAGCCUCUAUGAAAGAACGUUCCACUCUCUGGAUACAUUCUCAGAUUAAAGCGUGUAUGGAUGCUGCAGAUUGUCAGCCAGAUUAUUGUCUUGACUUAUUUGAGCCUUCAGGCCAUGGACGUCGGAAGAGAUCGUUACCAGAAACGAGCCACUCUCACAAUAUAACAAGUUCAUCGCUCGUCGCGGACAAUGGUUCAACGCCCUUCACGAGGUUCAAAGAGAAUCUCGAGUAUACAGUAGUGAUGCCUGGAGAGCUCUUCCAUAGAACUCCAUUAGAGGCGACUUGCGCGACGUCCAUGAUGAUCGCAGUGGCGUUGGGUGCUCUAUUGUUUAUGUCAGCAUUGUUGAUGUGCUAUCUGGCAACUAAACUGAAUUCGACAAUGCUUAAGAACAGCAAUUUUCAAGCACCCCCAGGUAAAGGAUUUGAACAAAUAUUACGAGAAUUGGCGCAGCAUUCUCAUUCUGACACCGGCUACACAGGUCGUCCCACCGUGCAAUGAUAAUAAAAAUAAAAAUGUACAAUAUUCUGUAAAUGUUAAAAUUUUCAUAAAAUUUAAGUAGUAUGUGUCUAAAAGGACACCAGAAAGUUUUAAAUAAUUGUACUGAUGAACAGGCAAUAUUAGCCAUGACAAUAAGCCUCACGCUAGUGCGUUGCAUGAUUUAAUAACCAUGACGCU